GCGUUAUCGAGUCAGCUCGUGUUGCAGUGCUGCCUGGUGUCUAAACACGUCCAUGCAGCGCAUUUUACCAGCCGCUGGCCUGCGCCCUGCACCGAGGGUGAUCUGAACUUUAAAAAUAAGCAUUAUUUGUGUGAUCGUUGGUUGACUCGACAAAAAGAAGCAGUUUAAACCUCAUAGGAAAAUGUACUGUUUCCAGGAUUUUUUUUCUUUGACAGGCAACCAAAAAUCGGACAACCCAGGGGAAUCCUAGACUGGUGUUCAUCCUAGCUCAAGCAGAAAACGAGCGGUAUCACCAACGGGUCGGGCAUUUCUUUCACAACGCUGCUCGGACCAACACGGACGCGAAGGAGGAACAACAUCUGUCAACCGGAAAUCGGCCAUGAAGAAGUCUGCCCCGCGUUAGGUUUUUGUCGGGUGCAAUGGACAACAGCAACGCGGUGAAGCUCUUUGUUGGGAAUCUGGCGUUGGAAACAACACAAGAUGACCUUAUAGCGCUUUUUGCCCCUUACGGAGAGGUGGAGACGAUUACUUUACUGAGGCAGUUUGCCUUUGUCCAUCUGCAGGGAGAAGGGGCUGCUGACCGUGCCAUCCAUGAUCUGAAUGGUCGAGAGUUUCAUGGUCGCAACCUCGUAGUUGAAGAGUCCCGAGGGAGGCCCCUCAACUCUAUCAAAGUAUUUGUGGGGAACCUGAGUGCUUUGUGCACUGCUGACGACCUGCAUGAACUGUUCUCUCGUUUUGGAAACGUCUUGGAGUGUGACAAAGUAAAAACCAAGCUCUCUUCCUCAGCAGGCUACGCUUUUGUGCACAUGGAACGCAAAGAAGAUGCAGAGAAAGCCAUUGAGGCUCUUCAUGGGACCUCAUUCAAGGGCCGCCCACUCUCUGUGGAGCUCUCAAAAAUUCAGCAGACAAAGCCAGCAGCCGCAUCCAAGGUCCCUUGUGCACGUUGUGGGAUACAGGGCCAUUUUGCAGGAGAGUGCCCCACCAGGCCUCCCAUGGAGCACCAUCAGAGUCAGGCAGCAGUACUGGCUGCUGCAGCUGCUGCAGCUGCUGGACUUCCCAUACAAGUACAACAGAGUGUGCACAACUCUUUCUUCAACACCACAAGCUCUGACCCAACAUACGCAGCCCUAAAGGGCCUGACUGAAGGCAGCGGAUCAGAUGGCAAACCAGUUAGUGCUGCGGUCUAUGGUGCCUUGGCAAGUCAAGUGUACGGCACUGUUGUUGACCAGGUCUUAGGUUCACCAAGCAGCCAGGGUGCAGACCCUGCUGCAGGAGAAGCCCCAUCAGCAGCUGCUGCUGUGAACCCUGCUUAUGGUGCGAACUCCUCCCUUUAUUCUAGCCCAGCCUAUGGGACCAUGGGAGGGGGAGAGUCUGACCCUCAGGCCAUCUUUGAAGCAGCUCGGGCGCGUUUUAUUGAGCAGGGCCAGCAGGUGCUGGCUGAGCAGCAGGCCAUUACCAAAUCAGAACGGGAUCGUAGCCCAGUGAGACGCUCGGCUCCACUUUUGCCGGACCCGGUUCCUCAGCCCCUCUCCCAGGCAAGACCCAAACGCCGUGCCCUGCUUCCCACCCCUCCUGGUGGACCAGAGCUGCCUUCAGCUAAAGAUGGAGACCCUAUUUCAAGGUGCUAUGCGGAGUACUACCAGCAGUACCAGCAGUACCAACAGUACCAGCAGUAUCAGCAGUAUCAACAGUACAACUACUACUAUCCGCCACCACCGCCGCCUCCACCACCCCCGAUGCCUGUAAUGCCCAUGCCACCUUCAGGCCCGAUGGAUGGCCAUCACUUGGCUGCCCCUGGAACCACCGAAUCUCCAAGAGCGUAUGAGCCGCCACCAACACACAAGGAGCCCCUCCUCCGCCAUCCUGACUACUCCCACCUCCACACGCCAGAGCCCCCUUACCGAUAGCCCCCACAACCUCACACGCACACGUGGAUGAAUGUGUUGAGUGUGUGAUAGGGUGUGUUGAAUGUGUGUGAUGGUGUUGGCCCUGUAUAAUAACAAUGCUGAAGAAUUUGUGGGAAGGGAUACAUUGAAUAUUUAUAUCAAAUUGAUGCACCAGACUUUGCUCUUGUUGCAGAGGUUUCGUUUGAUCCCCCCCCCCAAAUUAGUGUCAGACAACCCAUAGCUUUCAAAGAUGUACAAAGUUAUUUUACCACCUGUCUUGGUUUGACUUCUAGUGUCAUCAGGUGGUCCAAAAUGCAAAUGUGAGUUUAAAAUAAUUUUGUCUCACGUGUUUUUGUCUGUCUUUGCCAAUCUGGUAUCAGCCCCUGUCAGAAAAAUGUGCCUUGUGCAGUUGGUUUUUUUUGUGAACAAGUUUUCAAAUUAGUUACAUGAUUUUUUUUAAGACUAGGGGCUCUAGAUUUUUUUUUUCCCAUUUUUUUUUCUUUGAUGCAUAUGCUUGAGCAUAACAGCAGCAGGAAGGCUUUGACUCUAGAGAUCAAGAUCUGUGCUGUAGUUGAUGUGUGUAAUUUUACAAUCUUUAAGACAGCAGCAUUAAGGGUUGUAGAAAGACAGUGGAAAUUUUCAAUUUGAAAUUACAGGACCUGUGUGAAUGAUGGGUGAAUGUAUGUGUUUUGGUGCGUGCGUGUGCGUGUGUGUGUGUGUGUGUGUCUGUCUGUCUGUCGACAUGCAAGAGCGUUAAUCAAGAACAGUUUGACUUGACAGAGCCACACAUGCUAACACACGUCAGAUUUGUUACCUUCAGUUCUAAACGGGUGGGAUUUGGCUUUGGGCAGAGACAUGCUGUCGUCAGUAUCCGCAAAAUAACACAGUUGUGUUUUAAGGAUCCCAAGUCGUUUUCAGCCCUUUAGGCACAGCCUUGCUGGGGCAGAUGACUCUUGGUCUGCACAUGAACCUGAGCUCACAUUUUAAUGUCACCCAUUGGAGUGAGGCUAGGCCAUAAAAUGGAUGGCAAGUGAAUGUUAGUCUAUCUAGCAUUCGUCAAUAAAACCUACAGACUUUUCACCUUUAAUAGAUAGCUAUGCUCAUACUUCAUACUGUUUUUCUGUUGUUUCCAUAUCUUUAUUGACUCUGGGUUGGGGAUGCCAUUUAUUAUGAAUCAGCAAAACUAUUGGUUGCCUGCAGACAGCAACUAUGCAUGCUUUGCAGGGUUUUAGAGGAAUUGAUUGCCAUUUCUAAACGUGUGCUCUUCUCUCACAUGGACAAAAUGCUGUGGGUGUACAGACAGAUAUUUAAUCUCUCAAAUUACCAUUUUAUUUACUUGUCCUAGACAGAAAAGCAUCCCCCCCUUGGAGUGUAGGCCCGUGCAAUCACAUCUUGUUUUCCUCUAAUCUUUUCACUUCCCACAUGUACAUCACAAUAAAUAUUAGUAUGCAGAGUGAUUUGGCUUUAGUUGAUUUGAUUCUGGAGUUGCUAAGGUCUAUUGCAUUAGGUCUCCAGAUGAUUGGAAUUUGAGAAUAAAAGACAGUAAAGUACAAAUAUCAGAUGUUUAUUUUUUUUUUUCUUUUCUAAAAAAAAAAAGCAAUGGGAUGUUCCAUUUGGCAGAUGUUUUAGGUCAUUUUAAUUUUGAUUUGAUCUAAAAUUAUAAAUCCAAUGUCUUGUAAACUCAUGCAGUUCUUUUAUUUAAUUAAAAUCCCAAAUGCCCAUGUCAGUUGACAACGAGUGUACGGAGUCUACAUGAGAUUUUCAUAACAUCUAAUAUGUAAAACAUCCAAGACGAGCUUAUGUCUGCCGCUAAAUCUGACUAUUCUCAAAUAACUGAAUUCCUUGCAAUCAAGAAUCCAUUGGUCAGUAUUGUAUGGUUUUGACCACAGAAUUUGUAGAGGUUAACAUUCUUUUGGUGUCUUUGACUGGACACUAGUAAAUGACUGUAAUGAAAGCAUGGCAGAGAACUUUUUUAAAAAUGAUGUUAUGUCCUCUUUCCUUUAGAAUUCACCUCAGGCCGUCUUCAGUCUUUCAUUCCAACACUGAGAGAUGGUGGGGUACAUGCACAACACAUACAUACAUGUGUACACACAAACAGAAUACAGUAUCAGUGACCCCUAAAGGCCUGGAUACACAAAGCUGCAGCUAGGUGGGGGUAAUUUAAAGAGAAAUCUUGAAAUGGAAAUAACAUGCAAGGGCAAGAGCUCACAUGGUUUAGAAACUUGUAUUUUAUUAAAGGGCUCUAACAGAACUGAACUUGAACCUACCGUGACAGUCCAGUCUUUGGAUUUGACCGGUCAUCACCAUAUAUCAUGAAAACUUGAAUUGGCCAUUGUUGUGAAUAUUUGCUGUGGUUUUUAGACACCUAAUAAGUGUUGUGUAUCCAAGCCCUAAAACCUGCUGAAGUAACAGGCAGAUAUGUUGUUGUAGUGUUCAGUUUUCUUUAAGAACACUUGAUAGAGUGGAGAUGGGAGGGUGGCGGGGUGUAGCUCCUUACAGUGCACCAGGGCUCCACACAUGUGUCUCCACACCUUAUCGCAACAUGUCUGUAAUGUGUUAUUGCAAAUAGUGCAUGACUUGUUACUUUUACUGCUCUUCCAGCCACAUUUUCCCUUUUCGCUAACUACAGCUAAAAUGGCUCCCGGGCCUCAGGACGCCAGGUUGCACAUGACGGGGGGAAGAGAAUUAGAGUCCCACAGUGGCAUGGACGCACUCCCCACAAAGGUAAAGCCCUCUGCCCCCCAUCACGCCUGCACCUCGACCAUACACUUCCCCUCAGUCAUCCUACUACAACUGUUGGAGAUCCUCAGCCCAGAUCUACUUUCUGAGGCUUAAAGACGUUAAGUCAACACAGUUGUAGCUGUAGCAGUGCUGCUGCUCAGAGUAACUUAAAAGUGAUGGCUUGCACAAGCAGAGGAACCAAGUCCUUCAGCUCAGACACACAAGUACCCCACAUGAUCUUCGUUUGGUUGUCUAUUAGUUUAAAUGACUUUUCUUUGUUUCAUCAUAUUGCUAAAAAGAACAGAGGCCCCCACAGCUCACCCAAUAGAUCAGCAAUGGCAGUAACCAUACCACUUUUUUCAUUUUUGAAGUCUCAAAGUAACUUUUUAAAAAAAUUAUUUAAUCAUAAAAUUGGUCUUGUGAAAUUGGUGGGAACCUUGCCUUGGCUUGUUCUGUGGCAUUUGGUCUUUUUGAAGCAUUUCCAGUAAGACGAGACGAGACGUGCACUCAAAACUGAGGUGCCCCGGCUGUGCAUUUGAACGGUUAAGAAGACAGCACAGCUGUAAAGAGUGUGCAGUGCUAUCCGAAAAGCAAGAGGUAGGGCUGUCGCCUGGUAGGUGAGUAACCCAGUGCGCCACUGUCCCACUCAAACUUACUCCUUCCUUCAGACCCCAACACAAUAUCUCUCUCACCUUUAAGAUCUUGUAGAUCAUGUUGCCCUUUCUUCAGAGAAAGGUGGUUUCUGAGUUCACCUGUAACUCCACAGAAAGGAUUCAGAGCCUGGGUGGGGUCUAAGAAUUGAGAUUCUCAACUUCACAUGUAAAAAUGCACUCAGACGUCUGUAACUGUUAAGACUGGAGCUGGAGAGCUGUUUGGCCAGUUUGAAAACCCUUAUCGCUAAACUGUUCAUCUUAUCAUUUCACAAAAUAAAAAGUAAGAGUUUCUGUGGGCAUCAUAAUCUUCACUUCAAACUUUUACUAGAGGUUUUGCUUUUUGUUUUGUUUUUUGUUUUGUUUUGUUUUUUUUUUGUCUUUUUGGGCAGUUGAACUUUCUUGUUUACUGAUCAUUGAAUGAACAUGCUUCAUCUCUGGGUUUGGGUUGAACGAUAUAUGUAGAAUGUUGCUUACGAUUACUUUAGAUCAGGAAAUCUUUCAGGGAACUUGCAUUAGUUGAAUUAAACAUUAUUGCUUUCAUCAGGCUUUGCAUACUGCUUUUGCUACUGUCCUAGAAAAGAAUGUCACAUCCUUGUUUUUUUUCCUCCUUUUGGCCAUUAUCUUUGUUAGGCCUACUCUGAUCUUGUAAAAACAAAUAAAUACUUUCCUGAAUUCAA